AUGGGCAGAUGCUGGGAACAAGACAACCAAUGGUAUAAUAUUGCCCUGAGGAUAAUGAAUCAUUCAGGGUUUCAAGUGUCUGAGUUCAUCCUGAUGGGGCUCCCAGGCAUUCAUGAGUGGCAGCACUGGCUCUCCCUGCCACUGGCUCUGCUCUACCUUUUAGCUCUGGGUGCCAACAUCCUCAUCAUGGUCACCAUUCAACGUGAGCCCAUGUUACAUGAGCCCAUGUUCCAUUUUCUUGCUGUAUUGGCAGUGGUAGACAUUGGCCUGGCCACCACCAUCAUGCCCAAGAUCCUGGCCAUCUUCUGGUUUGACGCCAAGGCCAUCAGCCUCCCUGAGUGUUUUGCUCAGAUCUAUGCCAUCCACAGCUUCUUCUGUAUGGAGUCCGGUAUCUUCCUCUGCAUGGCAGUGGACAGAUACAUAGCCAUCUGUCACCCCCUCCAAUAUCCUUCCAUAGUCACUGAAGCAUUUGUGCUCAAAGCCACAGGACUCAUGAUGCUCAGGAAUGGCCUGUUGACCAUCCCAGUGCCUGUACUGGCUGCGCAGAGAAACUACUGCUCCAGGAAGGAAAUUGACCACUGCCUCUGCUCUAACUUGGGGGUCACCAGUCUGGCCUGUGAUGACAUCACUAUUAACAGGUUUUACCAGUUGGUCUUGGUAUGGGUUGUUAUUGGGAGUGACAUGGGUCUGGUUUUUGCUUCCUAUGCUUUUAUUAUUCGUUCUGUACUGAGACUGAACUCUGCUGAAGCAACAUCAAAGGCUCUGAGUACCUGCAGCUCCCACCUCAUCCUCAUUCUCUUUUUCUACACAGCUAUUAUUGUAGUGUCCGUCACUCACCUGGCAGGAAGAAGGGUUCCCCUCAUCCCUGUUCUUCUCAAUGUGCUGCAGGUCAUCAUUCCCCCAGCCCUUAACCCCAUGGUAUAUGCCCUUAGGACCCAGGAGCUAAGAGUGGCCUUCCAGAAGCUUCUUGGUUUGGAUGAGUUUGUGUCCAGGAUGUGAAACAACUUCAAAUGACAGAACAUCACAUGUAAUACUGCAGAAAAAGCACAGAUUUUGGAGUCCUACAUUCUUUGGUUAAUAUUCCAUCUCUCUCAAUUGCUAGGAACAUCAAUUCAAAUUAAUUUACCUAUUUUGUAUAGCACUUAGCAUGCUUUAAGCAUUUCCCAAAUAGUAAUUCUUUUAAUCUCUGUAACAACCCUAUGAAGCAAGCACAACUGUUCUUUAUACAUUUUGCAGAUGAAGAAACUGGGUUGGGAAACUUGCCCAAGGUCACAUAGGAAGGAAGUUGCAGGGUGAGAUUUGAACCAAACAGACAGGUCUCAAAGUCGCUGCUUUUAACCCUUUCUCUCUAUUCAACUUCACAGCUAAUUUUUAAAAAUGCUAAUUAAGGUGACAAAACAAGUUGAAAUUAUGUAUCAAAGAAAAUUUCAUUUAAAAGUUGUCAGAAAUUUUCCUGUCUAAUGGUAAAGACAGUAGAUUUUAAGUCCUCCGGGACCUGCUUAAUUAUAUAAUUGCACGUCAAGAAUUUGACAGAAAUUAUUUUGUCACUUCACAAACUCUUUACCAACUCUUGAGUUAAUUUGCAUUAAAGUCCUAAAAGGAAUAUCCUAACCACUUUAUUGUUAACAUUCAAUACUACCUGAACUUCUCUAAUGAAUUAAGAAAAUCCUAAUGAAGUCUUAGAAUUCAUUGACAGUAUAAAGGGUAAGAAAACUGACAUAUGUCCAGAAACAGAAAGAAGGAAAGGUUGGUAAAAGUGUUUCUUAUUUAUUUCAACACCAAAGUCUGGAUCAGCAAAGGUGGAUAUUGGCUUUAGAAUGGCAUGUGGAUAACGUUGGAAGACUCCCCUGAUCCAAUGACAUGGCAUUGUGGCAGAUUUGGGGAAGAGAAGCCCAACUUGUGCCAGAACAUUUGAAAGUCCAAGUGUAAGAAACUUAGGCCAUUAAAACUCAAGCAGUCCUGAAUCAUCUUCCCUUUGAUAGAGUGAGCUGGUUAGCAAGGGCAUUAUUAUAUCUAUAGACAAGGCAAAAUUGGACCAUGUGUUUUCACCUAUUUAUAACAGUGAUGCCACAUAACAAGACCAGAAGUAAUAACAGCUGAAAAACAGUAGUACACUAGUGGAUGGAUAAAAUUUCUACUUCUUUUUUCCAUAUGUUGUUUGAUAUCUUUUGACGUUUCAAAGAUGAAAAAAAAUAUGUCCCACAAAAAGAUACUACAAUUUCUUCUAAUCUAGAAGAUUUCUACUUUUACUAAUACCUGAUAGGAUAAUUCAGACAAAGCCUCCCGCUGAUAAUGAGCAAAAGUGAUAAGCAUUUUAAAAUGAAUAUAAAGAGAUUGGAAAACUAACAAAUUAGUUAAAAAUAUGUGGCUAAGGCCCAAUCACAAAAGAAAACUCAGAGAGACUUCCUUUCAGCCCCAACAUGUAAGGAGAGCUUAGAAGUUGUCCUCUCCCAUUCUCAUUAAUAAAUCAAGAAAAAUCUUGACAAGCUGAAAAUCAACCAUUUUUCUUGAACCAAUCAGAGAAUUGAGGUCACAGGGCUAACCAACACCCUGGAGUCAGAGAAAUACCCUUCCCUUAAGUGUGAUAUGGCUCCAAUACAGGUUUUUUCCCUGGAGUACAGUUUUUUCCCCUUUAUCAGGUUGAGGAAAUUUCCUUCUAUUUCUAGUUUUUAGUUGCUUAUAUUAUGGAAGGGUGUUGGAUUUUUGUCAAAUGUUUUUCUGCAUGUUCAGAUAAUCAUGUGGUUUUCUUUCCUAUUCUAUUCAUAUGAUGUCUUGUAUUAAUUGAUUUAUUGAUAUUAAAUGAAUCUUAUAUUUCUGAAAUAAAUCAUACUUGAUAAUGGUGUAUAAUCUUCUUGAUAUAUAGCUAGGUUCUAUUUGCUAGUAUUUUACUGAGGAUUUUGUGUCUAAAUUUAUUAGAGAUAUUGGUCUAUAGUUUUCUUUUCUUGUGAUGUCUUUGUCUUGUUUUGGUAUCAGGGUAAUACUGAUCUCAUAGAAUGAUUGAGAAAAUGGUCUCUUUCUUCUAUUUAUCGGAUGAAUUUGUGAGGAACUGGUAUCAAUUCUCCUUUAAGGGUUUUGUAGAAUUGCCAAAUGGAGUCAUUGGGUUCUGAGCUUUUAUUUGUUGGUAGUUGUUUAUUUUUAUUUUUAUUAUUAUUAGUUAAAUAUCUAUACUGUUUAGAGCUCUAUUGAUAUUUUCUUCAAUUUGGUAAAUUAAACUUAUAAAAAUUAAGCAACAAACUCUUGAAUAACCACUGAUCAAAAAAGAAAUCAUGGAGAAAUUAAAUAAUACUUUGAGAUAAAUGAAAAUAAAGACACAGAACACUAAAACUAAAACUUAUGGGAUGCAGCUAAAGCUGUGAAUCGAGGGAAGUUUUAUUGCUAUUAACACCUAUAUAAAAAAAAUCUCAAAUCAAUAAAAUAAUCUUCCACCUUAAGACACUGUGGUCAGGCACCAUACUUUAUAUAAUUUCAUUCCUUUUAAAUUUAUUGAGUCUUGUUUUAUGACCUAGUUUAUGUUCUACCCUGGAGAAGAAUGUUCCAUGUGCACUUGAGAAGAUUCUAUUUUUGGCUGGAGUGUUCUAUUAACGUAUAUGUCUUCUAGGUCUAGUUAUUUUAUAGUGUCUCUAUUUGUCAGAGUUCACCAGGGAAACAGAACCAACAGAAAAUUAACGUGUGUGUGUGUGUGUGUGUGUGUGUGUGUGUGUGUGUGUGUGUAGAGAAAGAGAGAGAGAUUUAUUAUAAGAAAGAGAUUUAUUAUAAGAAAUUGGCUCACAGGAUGAUGGAGGCCAACUAGUCCCAAAAUCUCCAGUCACCAAAGUGAAAACCUGGAAGAGCCAAUGGUAUAAUUCCAGUCCAAGUCCAGAGGCCUGAGAACCAGGCAAGUUGAUGGUACAAAUUCUAGUCAGAAUGAAGGAGAAGAUCAAUAUCCCAGCUCAGGGCAGUAAGGAGGAGGAGUUCCCUCUUACACAUGGGAGGGUCAGCCUUUUCUUUCCAUUUAAGCUUUCAACUGAUUAGUAUGGAUGACUACCCCCAUGGUAGUCAGGAUAAAUCACCCUAGCCAUUACAGUAACUCCAUUCUUUGUCUGUUGGUUUCAAAGACAUGAGGAGCCCAAAGUGGCCAGACAGCAGUCUUACUUCCAGUUCAGUGGAAUCAUUGUUGUGUCUCCUGGUAGAAGUAUUCCUGUUUCUGAAACUAAGAACUCUAGGCCAGUGGAGCAUAAUGUCAUGGUAGCAGGAAGCAAAAUAUUUGCUAAUGGAUCACUAGGGGUAAUAGUGAGUAGUGCUGGUCCCAUUUCCAUUCCUUGAUUCCUGGACUUAUGAAUCCUAAUUAUGGAGGAAACAGCAUCAUAUAUUGGACACUAAUUUAGAGCUUAUAUAGCCUUCUGGAAAACUGUUCUAGCUCUGCAAGGUAUUGUCACCUAGCUGGCACUGUAACUGAAUUUUCAAAAAGCCAUCCUGCCAUGCUAUCAAGCCAGCUGCUUCUGGAUGGUAGGGAACAUGGUAAUACCAAUGGAUUCCAUGAGCAUGGGCCUUUAAUGUCCAUAUUUCUAGCAUGCAUCUUGUAAUUCUUCCCAUAUCUAGCCGUUACCCAUUUCCAAAGCUGCUUCCACAUUUUUAGUUAUUUGUUACCAUAGCACCCCACUUCUCAAUACCAAAAUCCAUCUUAGCUUGGACUGCUAUAACAAAAUACCCUACACUGGGUGGCUUAAACAACACUAAUUUAUUGCCUCACAGUCCUAGAGUUUGGAAGUCUAAGAUCUGGGUGCCAUGAUGGUUGGUUUUUAGUGAGGGCUCUCUUCCUGACUCGUAGAUGGCUGCAUUCUUGCUGUGUUAACCCAUGGUGGACAGAUCAAGCAAGCUCUCUAGUGCUUCUUCUUAAAAGAGUACUAAUCCCAUCUUAAGGGCCCCACUCUCAUGGCCUCAUAUAAUCUUAAUGAUCUUCCAAAGGUCCCAUCUCCAAAUACCAUCACAUUGAGCAUUAGGGCUUCAACAUGUCAAUCUGGGGAGGAAACAAUUCGGUCCAUAGCAAUUUUGUGGAAGUUUUCUAUUUCCUUGCUGAUUUUCUGUCUGUUAUUCUAUCCAUUAUUGAAAGUGGAAUAUUGAGGUCUAUUGCUAUUAUUGUUGAAUUGUUUAUGUCUCAUUUAAACCUUGUCAGCUUCUGCUUUAUAUUUUUUGGGGAUCUGUUAUUAAGCAUAUGACAAAUGAAUCUUUUUUUCCAUAGUGAUGAUUACAAGAGGCUAUGCGUAACUGAGACCCCAGUCUGACAAUCAAAGCAAGUGAGAAUUUGUCUUAUGAACCUCAAAACACUUUCCUUCACUUUUGAAUGUUCUAAAAAUUGAAGAUAACUUCUGUGUGCUAUAUAUAUAUAUAUUCUUGAAGUGAUCAGAUAUGCCUGUAGUGAUUUAGCUUAUUUUAUAACUUUGUUAGUUCUUUCAGGAAAGCUGGGCUGAAUUUGGAUUUUAGUUUAUUGGGUUACAUUACAACCUCAGAUCUCUUAUAGCCUUAAUAUAAUUGUAAUUUUAUAGAUUAUUUGAUUUCUAUUAGGGUAGAAGCAACACUCCCCUGUGACUCUUUACAUCCCAAGGGGGACAAAGAACUCCUUAGCUGGAUUUGGAACAGCCCAUCUUGAAGUAUCUACUUAAUGCUAGUAAUAAUAAUUUAAAGCAAGAAAUUCAUGAGUACUCUACUCAGUUGCCUUUUUAAAAUAAAGUAAAACUAAAAUAAAAUCAUUCUACCUUUUAAAGCUUAAGAGGCCCGAGUUUGGAAGAAUUUCUCCUGAAUGUUUAAUCUUUGCCCUCUAUGACAGCCUGGGCAAAGCCACACAUCCAUAAUUCAAGUUCAACCUUGCAGAGCCUACAUACUAUGUGGCUCAGUCCCCCUAAAAGUCCUUUUCUAUGCUGAGGCCAUUGGCCACAGGGAUUUGCUAAGGUCUAUUCUGCACUACCCCCCAGACUUUCCUGAAGCCAUGGAUUUCUGUUUCUUUAAUGAGGCCCACCUUCUUAUUGAGGUCCAUGAUCGAUACAUUUUUUGAAGUAUGAAUGAUUCCUAAGCUUUGCUAAAGUCUGAUAAAAUGUAGAUAGGGGCCUUGCCUUUUCUUUGGCCUGCCUACAAUUUGCUAAGGGCCAGUAUAUUCUGCCCUGCCUCUACAAAACAGCUAAUUACUGGUUACAAUGACUCACUAAGGUCAAUACCUUGCAGUCCGUAAGGCUUGAAGCCACUCAUUCAGCCAUGACAAUUAAAAGUCAGCUACACAGCUAUAAAAAGCAGCUUCAAAGACCCAAAUGUCUCUAUAAACUAAGGCAGGCCUUUGGAUGCAAAUAGGGAGGAAAAAAAACACCAAAACAUGUAUUUUGAAUGCCCAAAUUAUAGGUUUUUAAACCUUUCUCAAUAUGUUCUGUCAAUGAACCAAACGUUAACAAUGUCUUAGGCAAACUGACCUUCAAAAACUGCAAAUUGUCCUGCACACGUGGGACCUUUAUAACUAGAGUUACCACAUGGCUAACAGCUACAGAGAUACAUGCUCCAGAGACAAGAAGAAAGAAAGGGACUGAGUUCUAUCUGUCCAUUUUUUCCUUUACAUUCACUAAUCAGAUUAAGAUACCUACUCUGAAGAAUGAGUAAAGAUGGAGAGAAGCCAAAAGUAUUAUGACAAUAGAUUGGCCUGCAUAUGUGUAUACCCUUUACAUAAGUGACUCCAUCUUAGAAAAAGACUCCAUUUUAAAAGGUAUAAUGCCAACAGGGACCAGAUGCCUACCCACUGUACCCAAUCAGAUAAGAGCAAAACCCUUUACUAUCAGUCCUCCCCAGAUGACUCAAGAGCCAUGAAAAGAGCAGAACUUUUCCAGCCAGCUCUGGAUGUUUCUAUAGCAAUUAUCCUGUGGUCACUCCUAAUAAGCAACUGGCAUAUGCUGCCAAACACUCUGCCUGAAUCAAGAAAUCUUCCUUGCCUGUAGUCCUAGCACUUUGAGAGGCUGAGGCAGGAGAAUCACUUGAGACCAGAAGU